AUCACUGAGAGCUGAGCUGCCCGAUCCUGCUGCUCCUGCUGCUGCUGGCUGGUUAUAGACCUCGGUAGAUGCCUCUCCACUUCAAGCUGUAGAAAAGGAAAGCCGGGUCUUCAAAGCUGUGCUUCUUGUACUUCAUAUAUUCGGCUCUUGGUCGCGUUUUUAAGGAGAGAAUCACAACAGGCCGCUGCUGCUGCUGCUACUGCCGCCGCUGCUGCUGCUCCUCCUCAAGCGUGUAUCUCUAGCUCUUUCGUUGCUACCUCGUCUCCUCCUCUUCCCCCCACUCUCUCGCUGCUCUUUAAGUUUGAGAGGUAGAGCUACAGUUGAGCCUGAUCUGAGUUGAGGCCGAGAGUUUUCUUCGAUUUUCUGCUCCAACGUUGCAGCAGGUACUUGGUUUUGUUUCCGCAGGUCAUGGGUCUCUCACGUAGGCCGGAGAAUGCAGGGAAUUCUCAGCUUUGAUGGUCAGUUCAGUCCAGGGAUAAAUAACAGUCUCAUAGCAGGUGGGUUGGAGAUGAAAACGAAGAGGAAAAACUCGCUCUUUUGGCCAGUUCUAGAGCGCGACAGCAGCUCCCGCAUUUUCUGGUAGCAAGAGAGCACACUGCAGCAAAGGCAAAGGGUUAGUACAAGCUAGAAGAUAGAUAGGAAAGCAUGGAUCCAAGCAGGCUUGGUCGUUUGCCUCCUCCAUUCUCGUUCCAGCCAAUGCAACCCCUCCAGGAGCACGACCACGGGCAGCAAGGUCCCUCCCUGCACAACUCGGAAGAGGAUGAGUACAGCAACAGCAGCGGCCAAAACACCAUGACUCCAAGCAACAAAGGGAAUGGAAACAACAAAGGCAUGAGGAAGGGAAUGGGGAACAAAGCCAUGGGAGAAGCCGGCGAAGUUGUCCGCAAGCCCCGAGGCCGACCACCCGGCUCCAAGAACAAGCCCAAGCCGCCGAUAAUCAUCACCCGUGAAACAGGAACUGGCAUGCGUCCACACGUUCUCGAGAUCGCCUCUGGUUGCGACGUCCACGAGUGCAUUGCAACCUUCGCACGCCGCAGGCAGCGCUCCCUGUGCGUGCUCGGCGCCAGCGGUACAGUCUCCAACGUGACGCUGCGGCAGCCGACGGUACCACCCGGCGGUAACUCGGCCUCGGUCUUAACUCUCCACGGACGCUUUGAUAUCCUCUCCAUGUCCGGCACCUUCAUGCAGCCCACGGCACCGCAGCCUCUCAUGCCAAUGCCGCUGCCGCCAACUUCGUCACCGUCUCUUUUCGGCGGUGGUGGUGGCGGUGGUGGUGGCGGCGGAAGCAAUGCUUCUAGUCCGUCCAGCAUGCCAACUUGUCCGAGCUCCGGACUCACCAUCUCCAUGGCCGGAGCGCAGGGACAAGUCAUUGGAGGACUAGUCGUAGGGGCUCUCAUGUCCGUAAGUCCGAUACUGGUGAUAGCCGCCUCCUUUCUCGGACCUUGUGCAGAGCGCUUGCCUCUGGACGAGCACGAGCAGGAUCAGCACGGGAUGCUGAACGGAAACAAUGGAGGUGGACCGGGUCUUCCUCCACACCACUUGGCUUUAGCCGCUGGAGGAUCGGGAGGUGGUCCUUCGGGAGGAAUGGGUCCUGGCAGCGUCCCCAAUGAUCCUUGCGCCAUGUCUCUGUAUAAUCUUCCGCAGGUGUCGCUGGGAAACCAGAUAACUCCAGAUAUCCUGGCUUGGGCUGCUGCAGCUGGCGGAAGGCCCCCCUUCUGAUCAUUCAUCGUCUCUUCUUUCGCUUCAUAAUCUUCUCUAAAAUUCGUUCGUGCUGCUGCUGCUGUUGUUGCUGCUGCUGCUUCCUGCUGCUUUCUCCGAGAGUUUCUUCACUGGGAGCUAAAGAUCACUAGCUCUCAAACCAGAUUUUUUCGUCUUGUUCCAUCUUUUCGGACACCUGCACCUGCAACAGCGAACGAUUUUGUCAGAGGCUCUGGAAUUUUCACGAAACUGGCACGUACCUCCUGAUUCGGCGUUCCUCACAUUCAUGCGGCCUGCUGCUGGAAAUUUGGCUGCUGAAGGAAGCUGUACAAGCUCGAUUUGAGUUUCCAGCAGCUCGUGCAGCGCUCGGAUGCUGACUUCACUGCGCGUACGUGUCUACAAUUUGAUCCCGAAGAUUCAAGUCUCUGCAAGCCCGGAGCGAGGCUCACUCUAGCUAGGCCGUGGACUUGCUCGAGACGACAAAUCUCCGCUCCAUUGGACAAGAAAGGAGCUGCUCGGAAUGCUUGUAUAGAUUGCUGAGAUAAUUGCUCCUUCCUUUUCCCGCGUAUCACUCCUCGCUGUAGAAAGCAAAAAAGAAAAAAAA